UCUCCAGCGGGACACUCUCACAGCACACACCGGGCGGUAGUGGACCUUCCUCCGGGCUCCUGUGCUGCAGCUCCCCGGUCUCUGUGUGUCCUUCGUCCCGCCUUGUGACCGACCCUCCUCGGCUGUGGAGGAACCAGCGGCGGGGACACGAGCGAUGGACACGUCCCGUUAGAAGUUGGAAAGUCUCCCACCGACCAGAGCCGGCGGCCGUGCCCGCCUCGGAGGCCAUGGGCUGCGGCUUGAGGAAGCUGGAGGACCCGGAGGACAGCACUCCCGGGAAGAUCUACUCCACCCUGAAGAGAGCUCAGGUGGAGACGAAGACGGACACCGUGCUGGAGUAUGUCCUGCUGGACUUCAGCCUGGAAGGCAGCCGCCCGACGGUGCAGUACGUGGGGUCCCUGUCCGAGCUGCCUCAGGCCCUGCAGCCCUACUACACGCAGGGCUACGUCCUGACCGCCCUGCACCCCAUCAUCCUGUCUGUGGGCCGGACGCGUUCGAUGCCCUUCAGCCUGCUGUACCGCGCCAUCCUGGCCCGACCCAGACCCAGCAGGCAGACGGCCUCCAUGUGCCACAGUGUCCCGGUGCUGCGGGUGGAGGAGUGGCCUCUACCUGGCGACUCGCUGACGGGCGACACCGUCCGAGCACUCAUCGACCGGGUGAACAGCAGCGCUCGAGGGGGCGUUCGAUUCGUGGGCUCGGUCCUCCAGCAGGUGAGCGGGGUCACGAACGGCCGGGUGCACAGUCCGAAGAGGGGCUGUCGCUCUCCUCCACGCUCCCCCCCCCGGACUCCACCAGGAGACGUGGACAAGGAGGAGAACACCUACAGUCCUGACUUGAGGUUGCUGGUCUUCUUCCACUCCUGGGCUCCAGGCUGUGCUCCUCUGGACUCGCUGGCCUGUCAGUACCACCAGGGGGCGCUCUCCAUGCGUGUCUCCAGGAAGGGUCAGGUGGUCAGUGCCCUGGAGGCCGACUGGCUGGAGCUGACCACCGCCUACUACCGCAAAGGCUGGUCACUGGUGGACUCCUUCGUGUACUGGGACACGCCGAGAGGUGAGCCGGUGCCCAGAUCCCUGGAGGGUUUGUUUGUUUACGAGGAGAGAAGCACGUCUCCUCCCGCCAACGACACCAUCGUGGUGGAGCAGUGGACGGUCAUCGAGGGCUCCAACGUGAAGACGGACUACGGGCCCCUUCUUCACACUCUGGCCGAGUUCGGCUGGCUGCUCACGUGUGUCCUGCCCACGCCCAUCAUCCGACACGACAGUGACGGGAACUUGGCCACGAAGCAGGUGGUGUUUCUGCAGAGGCCCGUCCGAGGUCAGGCCGCCGGGCAGCAGAGGAACCAGACUCUGUCCGUGCACAGCGACGUGUCCAGUCGCUCGGUGAGCCGCUCGGUCAGCAGCGCCACCGUGCCGCCCGAGGAGCUCUCUCCCGCCGCCGGAGGCAUCGGCGGCUUCCCCGUGUUCGGGGGGGGGUACCCCAGCGCCCUGUCCCGCCUGGAGGAGAACGGCUUCGAGCAGGAAGAAGGGAAAGCCGAGGUCACGUGUAUGUGAGCGGGAAAAACAGACGGAUCUAACUUUUCCUCCGGGAUUCAAACUGUGUUGGAUCAACGGAGAAUAGACUUGAAGUCUCCACAGACUCUGCAUCAGCCGUUGUGUUACUUUAAAAACUCUGCACUUUUUUUAAUGUUUUUAUUGAAGCCAUAAUAAGGUUUUAUUUAGAGACUGAUCUGAAUCCGAACCUUCAAAUAGAAACCACACAAACACACACACACAGACACACACACAGCUAUGAAGCACAAACUGAUUUCUGCACGUUAUGGAAUCAACACCGGUGAUAAACGAGGGAUUCACCUUUUUUUUUUGCCCAAUAUCACUUUUUUCCUACUCUUUGGUUUUUCUGUUUCACACAUUUUUUCUCAAUUGAACAGAGAAAGUUCUCUCAAGACUUUUUAUUGCUGCGUCAAGAUGUUUCAUAACCUUCAUAUCUCACCUCAGGUCAGACUCGGCUCCUCUCUUCCAGAAUAUUUGGUACUGACAGUUUGCAGGUUGGCGAGUGACAGUUACUACGACCAGAGGAUGACACACUCAUAAUGCUCGAUCUGAGCGGGGCCAUAAUGCAUUUGUUUGACAGUAUUAUUUCAUAUUUGUUCGGUUGAUGUUGGUGUUACACGUUUAUUUUUUCUUCUGUUGAAUCUGCUGCUUUCUGCUUUAGAGCGUAGAUGGUACUGACGUGGAACACACUGUCGUUUAGUUUGAUUCAGUCUCUCACACACACACACUAUAUAUAUAUAUAUAUAUAUAUGUAUAUGUAUAUUGGUUGAAGACAUUUGCUGAAAACCAGUGUCCAGCUGUUAAAUGAUAUGAUUUGACCCGUUUGAAAAACUGGGUUUAAAACCUCUUAUUAAAGUUUUAUCUCUUCAGCAGGAACCUGUGCACAGGAUAGAAAGUAUUAACUCAACUUACUGUUGGUUCUGUUCAUUUCUUAGGAUUUGUUGACAAUGUAAAAUAUAGUCGUAGAUACAUUUCCUGUUAUUUUCUUAACCAACAUUAAUUUCACUCUUUAUCCAGGGUAUAUGCAGCAUUCCUGAGAUUAAAUUCAAUACUUUUCAAGACCUUU